CACACAGCGCAGUCAAUUGCUGUGGUCAAUUGUCAAAAUAUGUUAUGAUUUGAUGAUAAAUUUUAUUUAUUUAUUUUGAAUUUUAAUAAAUAAUUAAAAAAUACAUCAGGAAAUUAUCCAAAGGCAGGAAAACGCUUGAACAUUGGAGUGUGGUUAAUAUUUUAGCUUAUCGUUAUGACGAAUGCAACUAUUCAGGAAAUAGAAGGAAUAGACGACUACUGGGGCCCAGCAUUCAGGUCGGUGUAUGAAGGUGAGGGCCAUGAAGCAUUCGUUCAACAGUUGGAUGAGAGGAUCAAGCAGCAUGACAAGGAAAUUGAGAAGCUGUGCAAUUUCUAUUAUCAAGGGUUCAUAGAUGCUAUCCAUGAGCUGCUGCAGGUGCGGACGCAUGCUGAGAAGCUUCAUACAGAGAUAUCUAAUGUUGACGCCAAUGUUAAGGAGACUUCAGAUAGUCUUUGCACCCGUGCUGAAGAACUGAUCAGAGCCCGCCGAGUGGAGCUGAACAUCGCGGCAACAAUAGAGAAGAUGGAGUUGUGUCUGCCGCUGCUCACCACCUACUCCAAGCUGAAGGCACAGGUUGAGGCUAAAAGAUACUACCCGGCGCUGAAGACGCUGGAGCAGCUGGAGCAGGUGCAGGCGGCGCGCUACGCGUGGUGCGCGCGCAUCGCGGCGCACGUGCCGCAGCUGCGCCGCGCCGUGCGCGACGCCGCCAUGGCCGACCUGAGGGACUUCCUCGAGACCGUGCGCGGCAUGAGUCCGCAGGUUGGAGCAAUGGCUUUAAAACAAACACAAGAGAUGCUCGGGAGAAGCUUGGAGAAUAUCAUUAAAAGCAGAAAAGAGACGGCAGCGUCGGGUUCGGGCAGUUCGGAGAGCGCCGCGCAGUGCCCGCACGAGCUGGUGGACUUCAGCCCGCUGUACCGCUGCAUGCACAUCCACACCGUGCUGGGCGCCAGCGCCGAAUUCGUGCAGUACUAUCGGGCCCAACGCAAACAACAAGCGAGUCUCGUGGUCAUUCCGCAGGGCAACCUGCACGACUCCACCCAGGGCAUGAAGAACUACCUCAACGCUGUGCUGGGCUUCUUCAUACUUGAGGAGCAUCUUCUUAAAACUGGCGGCGGGCUGGUGAGCAAGGAGUGGGUGGUGGAGACGUGGGGCGCGGCGGCGCGCGCGGCCGGCGCGGCGCUGCGCGCGCUCACCGCGCUCAGCACCGACCCCACGCGCAUGCUCGCGCUCAAGCACCAGCUCGUGCUCUUCAUACACGCGCUCAAGUGCUACGGCUUACCAACGGACCCUCUGCCGCAACUACUACAAGAAAUGGCGGAACAUUACACGGAAGUGCUGAUGCAGCGAUGGGUCGUGGUCUUUAGGGAUAUAUUGGACAACGCGUCGUUUUUGCCUAUUGAGGUGGAAACACAGGAGCAAUAUGACGGCGUAAUGGAUACGUUUCCUUACGACGGAGAUGAGCUGGAGACGCAGCCUUUCCCGAGGAGGUUCCCGUUCUCGUCGACGGUGCCGGCGGUGUACGUGCAGGUGAAGGAGUUCAUCUACGCGUGGCUGAAGUACUCGUCGGGGCUGGGGCUGGGCGGCGCGCGGCGCGCGGCCGCGGCGCGCCACUCCGCCUCGCUGCUGCUCAGCCGCUCCUUCGCCGGCUGCCUCUCCGCGCUCUUCCGCCGCCCGCUGCCGCUCAUGCAGCUGCUGCAGAUAAUAGUAGACACACAAUAUUUGGAAAGUGCGACGCCGUACCUUUAUGAGUUUAUCAGCAACAUCACUGGUUCUGAGCUGGUCACCACACAGGCGGCGGGCAGCAUGUUCCAGGCGGCGCGCGACGACGCCGAGCGGCAGAUUUGCGAGAACCUGCAGAACAAGGUGGACGAGUUCCUCGACUUGGAGAACUACGACUGGCUGCUCGUGGAGCCGCGCGGGCAGGCGUCCUCGUUCGUGACGGACAUGCUGAGCUACCUCACCGGCGUGCUCUCCUCGCUCGAGCUGCUGCCCGAGCGCGCGCGCGUGGCGGCGGUCCGCGCGGCGACGGCGCGCAUCGCAGUGCGGCUGCGCGCGCUGCUGCUGGCGCCGGGCGUGCGCCAGGUGUCGGCGGGCGCGCUGCACCAGCUCGACCUGGACGUCAUCCAGUGCGAGCAGUUCGCGGCCAGCGAGCCCGUGCCCGGCCUGCGGGAGGGCGAGCUGCUCGAGUACUUCGCGAGCCUCAGACAACUGCUGGACCUAAUAACCGGGUGGGACUGGUCCUCCUACCUCCACGACAUCGGCAUGGAGGGGGGCAAGUACGCGCUGGUCACCCCCCGAGACGCGGCCACCCUGCUGGAGAAGCUGAAGGAGGCGGAGCAGAAGUCUUCUGUCUUCUCCGUGCUCAAGAAGAACGAGAGAGACAGAAGGAAACUGCUGGAUACCGUGCUGAAGCAGCUCAAACAGCUGCAGAAUCAAGACGGUUGAUUUGAUUCGAUUGUUGUAUCGCUUUGUUAAGUUAUUUUAAAUCUGUUUAUGCUGAUAAUAAAUUAUUUUUUGUAUAAUGUA